AGCACCGCGGAACCGCAGCGGGACACCGCGACAUCAGCAGGCCGAGCAGGAGGGCCGGACCGCCGGGGAGGAGUGGAGGAUGAGAGCCGCCGCCGGGACGGAGAGCCGACCGGAGCCGCCGCCGCUCAGUUACCCCGGAGGAGGCGACAUGACUGCGGCAUAAAGAGGCGAGAGGACGCGGCUGCGGCUGUCGGUGAGGGAUGGAUGGAUGGAUGGAUGGAUGGAUGGAUGUGUGCAGAAACAGCGGCUCACAGGAAGGAUGUCCGGGCCGCCCGCCGGGGUCGGACCGGGACCGGAGCUGCCGGACAUGAGCCACCUGACGGAGGAGGAGCGGAGGAUCAUCCUGUCGGUGAUGGAGAGACAGAAGAAGGAGGAGGAGAAGGAGCAGAGCAUGCUCAAGAAGUUGCAUCAGCAGUUUGAGAUGUACAAGGACCAGGUGAAGAAGCUGGGGGAGGAACCUCCGGCAGCUCAGACAGCGAGGGCGGAGUCUCCCACCUGCGGCGUCUGUCGAAAGACCAAGUUUGCUAACGGCUGUGGCCACGCCUGCUGCUACUGUCAGAGCCGCUUCUGUGCCCGCUGCGGGGGCCGCGUCCCCCUGAGGGCCAGUAAGGUGAUGUGGGUUUGUAACGUGUGCAGGAAGAAGCAGGAGAUCCUCACGCGGUCGGGGGAGUUUCACUCCAACAUGUCGCUGCUAUCCAUCGCCCACAGCUCACACGGGGUUCCAUACACACCGACACAGGGGCCGCCAGGGGCCACGGGGCUGCUGAGCAACGGAGCCACUGAGCGGAAGCCGAGCCCCUUGGGGUCAUAUUAUGAUGGUGGGGGGGGCAGGAUGCCUCGCUCGCCCUCUGAUCACGGUCUGGUCCGCCGCACUCGUUCGCCGCACGGCUGCCAUGGUAAUGGGGAGGAGGAGCUGCGGGUCCGAAGGCAACCAAUCAGAGAUGGGCGCGGCCGCUGGCACUCACAGGACCAUCCUCUGGACCUGGUUCAGGAUGAGCGCGAGCGGCGGCGACGGGAGGAGGAGGAGGAGUUUCAGGCUCGUUACCGUAGCGACCCCAACCUGGCUCGUUACCCAGUGAAGCCGCAGCCGAGCGAGGAGGCCAUGAGGAUGUUAGCUCAGGUCGGCAGGGUCCGCCACCAACGGCGUCACAGUGACGCUUCCCUGGAAACCGCUGAGCCCGGCCAUCCGGCCCUGAGACACACAGCGCUUCGUCAGAAUCGGCUUCAGGGAUUGGUCGGAGGUCAGAGGUCGUUCUCUGUGGACCGGACAGUCAAUCACGUCAGUCCCACAUCUCCCCGCCGCAGCCCCUUACCUCGGCAGCACCUCGACCCUAGCUCUGCCCUCAAGAGGAAGACGACCAAUGAGAGAGGGUGGAGAAUGGGGAAGAUGCAUGUGAUUGGUAGCUUCAGCAGCUCAGAGGAGGAUCUGGCAAUCACGCCCGACUACAACAGCUGUGACGAGCCUGACAGAGACAUGGACAGCCAAUGGUGGGAUCAUGGUUCCUGGCACGGCGAGCCUGCACCCAUGUCUAUGCAUCCGGUCACCUGGCAACCGUCCAAAGAUGGGGAGCGUCUGAUCGGUCGGAUUCUGCUGAAUAAGAGGAUGAAGGAUGGAACGGUUCCCGCGGAUACAGGAGCACUGCUGGGACUGAAGGUGGUCGGGGGGAAGAUGACGGACUCAGGUCGCCUCUGUGCGUUCAUCACUAAGGUGAAGAGAGGAAGUCUGGCUGACACUGUGGGACACCUGAGGCCAGGUGAUCAGGUUCUAGAGUGGAAUGGUCGGGUUCUUCAGGGAGCCACGUUUAAUGAAGUUUACAACAUUAUCCUGGAGUCCAAACCAGAACCGCAGGUGGAGCUGGUGGUGUCCCGCCCACUCGGAGACGUUUCCAGAACAACAGACGGCUCCCACGUCCAGUUGGACUCCAGUUCCAGUUCCUUUGACUCUCAGAAAGUUGGUCCGUCCAUCUCUGUCACGUCUCCCAUGAGCCCCAGCGUUCUCUCCGGACAAGUGUCUGUGAAGCUGUGGUACGAUAAAGUCGGUCAUCAGCUGAUUGUCACGGUUCUCGGAGCCAAAGAACUUCCUGUCCGAGACGACGGCCGACCGAGGAACCCUUACGUUAAGAUCUACUUCCUGCCGGACAGAAGUGAUAAGAGUAAGCGCAGAACAAAGACGGUGAAGAAAUCAGUGGAACCUCGGUGGAACCAGACCUUCAUGUACUCUCCGGUCCACCGGCGGGAGUUCAGAGAACGGAUGUUGGAGUUGACGGUUUGGGAUCAGGCACGAGUCCGAGAGGAGGAGAGCCAGUUCCUGGGAGAGGUCCUCAUAGAGCUGGAGUCGGCUCUGCUAGACGAUCAGCCUCACUGGUACAAACUGCAGCUCCAUGACGUUUCCUCGGUGCCGCUUCCCAAUGCCUCCCCCUACCUGCAGAGGAGAGGACUGCAGCCUGAGGACACCCCGCCCAGCAGGAGGCUGCAGAGAUCUCAGAGGAUCAGUGACAGUGAGUUCUCAGACUAUGACUGUGAAGACGGCAUCGGGGUGAUAUCAGAUUACAGACAGAAUGGGCGGGAUUUUCACAGCUCCACCCUCUCAGUGCCAGAGCAAGUCAUGUCGUCCAAUCACUGCUCUCGAUCAGAUGUGGUCAGGAUGAGGUCACGGUCGCCGAGCCAACCGCCUCCUCACAGCGUUACCCCUCUGUACCCGUUGUACCGAGAAGAUGCUGUGCGGCUGCUGCGAGGCUCCAAACUAAGCCGAGCAUACUCUGACGCCAGCCAGUACAGCAGCCUAGAAAGGAGACCAAUGAGGAGAAUGUCAGUUGCCACCUCUCUGGAUUCCCAUGACAGAUAUUUUAAUGGUCCGACACAAACUGGACCGACGUGGACGAACCACGUGAUGAAUGGGAGCUGUGAGGACUACAGUCAGGACGUCAUUCCCGAUUUCCCCUAUGAAGCGGACGCUUACGAUGACGAACUGCUGAGGUUCAGCCGGGGGAUGGACCGGCGGGAUUACUACAGUCGCUCUCGCUCGGCUGACCAGCGAGCGAUGGCUGACCGACCCGUCUACGCACGCUCCCACUCCACCGACAGAGCUGACUCCGCCCACUUUAGGUCCAGACGCUCCGCCCCCCCCUCACCUGCCCUGACCAGGGCGAACCCACGAGGCGGAUCCGCCCAGACGAGUCCAACGGGAACGCCAGUCUGCAGCCGCCGAGGACGCCAGCUGCCCAUCGUCCCGCCCAAAGGAGCACCGGAGAGAAUUUUGGCCACACUCACCACAGGACCACCGAUUACAGCUGCAGCCCCUCCCACUCCGCAUCAACAGGCCCCACCCCCUGUUCACAAACAAACCCCUCCCCCUGGCAAUCAUCAGCCACCUCCUCUUAUACGAAUCCAAGCCCCACCUCCUCCUGGAACCACUCAACCCCAGCCACCACCUGCCCCUGCCCCUGCCCCUGCCCCUGCCCCUGCCCCGGCCCCUGCCCCUGCCCCUGCACGGGCUCCUGCCCCUGCACAGACUCCUGCCCCUGCACCAACUCCUGCCCCUGCACCAGCUCUUGCUCCUGCCCCUGCCCCCGCCCCUGCCCCUGCCCCUGUCCCGGUCCCUGCCCAGGCUCCUGCCCCUGCCCCUGUACCGACUCCUGCACCGACUCCUGUCCCUGCUCUAGCUCUUGCCCCUGCACCUGCCCCUGCCCCUGCCUCCGUCCCUGCUCUAGCUCUUGCCCCUGCACCUGCCCCUGCCCCUGCUCCUGUCCCUGCACCGACUCCUGCCCCUGCACCAGCUCUUUCCCCUGCUCUUGCCCCUGCACCUGCCCCUGCACCAGCUCUUGCCCCUGCCCCUGCCCGUGCCCCUGCCCCUUCUGUAGUCCAAUCAGUGCCACCUCCUGGACCUGCUCUUCCCACUCCACCUGCUCCAACACCUGCCCCAACACCGACCCCUACACCCUCACCUGCCCCCUCACCUGUCCCGCCCCCACUGACUCCAGACCCAGACAGACGCUCAGCCACACCUGGAGGGACUAGAAAAGAGGUCACAUGGGAGGACCAGCAAACCAAAACAGCCAAUGGUAUGGCACCAACUGUUAGCCCCACCCACCCGCAGAGAGGUGUGAUGAAGGAUCCGUCAAAGAUGAGGGACAGUCUGUCCUUUAAGUCAUCAGACAGUGAUGUCAGCGACGUGUCGGCCAUGUCCAGCGACACUCGAUCUGUCCCCAAGAUCAGUCAGGCGGAGGCUCUGGAGGGCCAAUCAGUGGAGUCAGGGGCGGGGUCAGAGGGAACACAGGAAGCAGGGGGGGCAGCAGAGGGUGGAGCUACACUUCAGAAGUGUGAAUCAAUGGAGGAAGCAGAGGAGGAGCCUGAGCCUGCAAAGCCGGCACCCGGAGCUCCGCUCCAGAAGUCAUCGAGCGUUGGUGGAGAGAUUUGUUCGCUCGGGAGAAAUGACGACGACGACGACGACAAGAAGCGGCGCUCAAGUUUCGGAGCAAAGAUGAUGGGAAUGGUGGGACUGGGGAAGAAGAGUCAGAGCGCCUCCCAGCUCAACCCCGAGGAGGAAGAGAAGAAGAAGAAGGUGGUGAGACUUCCUGUCCAGAGGAGUGUAGAGACAGGAUUGGCCAUCGAGUUUAAAUCUCGUUUCACUCGACAGCCGAGCCGCGACCCCGACGCUGAGGACCCUAAACCUGGAGCACACCAUAAAACAGAGACUGUGUCAGAAUCUGUGACAUCAUAUGACAGUAACUCCUCUGAUUGGCUGCUCGGUGGUCAUCUAGGUGACAUCCAGAUCGGGAUGGUGUACAGGAAGGAGCGUCUGGACGUGGAGGUGAUCCGAGCUCGGGGACUUGUGGGUAAACAAGGCAACAAAAACACUCCAGCUCCCUAUGUGAAGGUGUACCUGAUGGACAACGGGAAGUGUGUGUUGAAGAGAAGAACUCGUCUGGCCAGAAAAACACUCGACCCUCUUUAUCAGCAGCAGCUGCAGUUUGAAGAAAACCCUGAAGGCAAAGUUCUGCAGAUCAUCGUUUGGGGCGACUAUGGUCGGAUGGAUCAUAAAUCUUUUAUGGGAGCUGCUCAGAUCUUAUUGGACGAUCUCGACCUGUCCAACAUGGUGAUUGGCUGGUUCAAACUGUUUCCUGCCACCUCAUUGGUGGAUGCCGCCUUGGCACCGCUGACCAACAAGGAGACCGAGGGCUCCAAGUCGUAAUGUCAGGUGGCGGGACCAACUGUAUCGCCAUAGCAACAGGUCAGGAGGGGGGCAGGAGGGGGACACGCUGUCACCGGGCGGAGCCUUUAAAAAAAUAAAAUUUAAAAAAAGUUCCAUAAUCCUCCUCUGCCGCUGCAUGCUGCAUGAUGACAUCACAGCGAUGACGUAACAGCGUCACAAUGAUGUCACCGGGAGGAGGAAGGAGACUCUGCGCCCCCGACUCUGAAAAAGGGAAAUGAACCCCCCCCACCCCCCCCACCCCCACCCCCACCCCC